UCAAAGAGAUUCAGACAUUAAAAGGCUGCACAGAUAAAAUAGAAUUUAGUUUAAUAUUAAUGGGCGCGCUGACAACCGUUCUAAUUACUUGUUUUUUGAUUUCAUUACAAUUCUGGCUGGUGAGACUAUCGCACAGAUUUUUCUAAAUUCAAAUUAAUUUUAACAAAGUACGAAAUUUAAAUUCCGAAAGGCGCACAUUGGCAGAAAAUUAAAGAUGAUUGCUAAAAUUCGAACUGUAUCCCUAACUACAUAGAAAUAAGCAAGCUACUAACAAGAGAGAAAAUACGGUUUUUUAUAAAAGACACAUGUGCGUAGAAAAUUAUUGCUACAAGAGGAAAGAUAAAAUGGUAACACCUCAUGAUAUGAGGUUUUUGAAAAAUUUCUGAGAAUCUGCAGAGGUUUAUAUAUUGGAAAACCAGUGGAAACCAGUACUAUGGCUCUUACUUUCCAGAGCACGCUGAAGAGAACAAAAAUAGCCUUGUUAUUGUCAGGAAUCAAAUUAGAGGACGUAAAAUUUGGCAGAAUCCUAGAAUUUUUAUUCAAAAAUUUAUUUUAUUUCAACUUUUUCUGGCUCGGGACAGAUUUAGUGGCAGAAACUUUCGGUUUCAUCGAAGGGGUGCAGAUGGGGAAGAACGUCAUUGAACUAGCCUUGACUGCUCCUUGUUUCUCAAUCAGCCUUUUGGGCACGGCUAAAAGCAUAUUUCUGUUCAAACAUCAAAAUAUUGUAUACAAAAUCAUACUCAAAUUGAAAAAUAUACAUCCUGAAAGCGCAACAGAAAAUGAUAAAUUGAUAGCUAUAGACAAUAGUGAUGUGAAAGCAAUUGGAACUACAGCAAUUGACGAAAUAGAUAACAAUAACAUUGAAGACAAAAUUGUUGAAAAUUCCAUGAAGAUUCUAAAUCAAAUCAAUGCUGUUUUUAAUCUGUUUUGUUCGUCAGUUGUUAUAGCAUUUUGCCUUUUACCAGCAGCUACAAUGGCGUAUACUUAUUACACAACUGGAGACUUAGUUUACGAGUAUCCGUAUUUGACUAAGUAUUUUUUCAAUCAUUACACUCUGGAAAGAUGGCCGCUUGUGUACCUACAUCAAGUAUAUUCUACGGCGAUAGUAGCUGCCAAUCUGCUGGGUGCCGACUCGCUCUUCCACGCGCUCUGCUUGUACGUCGAGAUGCAUUUUCAAAUAUUGUGCAAACGGUUCGAGAAGUCCACCGUUGGAGAUGAGAAUACUGUACAUAACACGUUUAUGGAGUGUGUGGAGAGACACCAAGAGUUAAUUGAGUUGGUGAACAACAUGGAGAUAUUGUAUACAAAAUCGACGCUUUUCAACAUCGUAAUGAGCUCCAUUCUCAUUUGUCUCAACGGAUUCAUCUUAACGGUGACAAGUGACGUCACCAUUAUGAUAAUGUUCUUGACAUUUUUAUCUAUGAAUCUGUUACAGAUAUUUUUACUGUGUUAUUUCGGAGAUUUGAUAAUGAAGUCGAGCGUCGCUGUAAGUUCAGCUAUUUAUAAUUCGCCAUGGUAUAAUACAUAUAGUUCUUCAAAGAAAAAUGUACUAUUUGUGAUUAAAAGAGCACAGAAACCGUGCAAGUUGACAGCUUGUAACUAUGCAGAUCUGAACUUAAGUGCAUUUGCUACGAUACUCAGCAGAUCGUGGUCCUAUUUUGCACUACUUCGAAGCAUGUACGAUUAAGAUAUCAACAAUUUAAAAUUAUUCCUUGCUUCAUACUUUUCAAUUUGAAUUUCAAUGCGUUAUUCGCAGCAGUCGGGUUAUAAAAUUUAUUUUUAUGCGUUACUCCGAAGCAUGUACGAUUAAGUUAAUUAGAUGAUUAACGUAUUUAAUUUAUUAUAUUCUAGUGCCAUUGUAAUAAAAAAUAUAUUAUAGGUAUCAAUAGCAUGCCCAAUAGCCAAAAAUAACUUAUUAAUUAAAAAGAUCUAUAGACGGUUGUCUAAGAUACCUACCCUAGGCAUAUAUAGGUAUAUAUAGGUAUUUGUUAUUGUUGUUUAUUUAUUUCACACUAUUUCGUGCCCGCCGCUUCGCCCGCGUGAGUUUUUCUGCGAAAGCGGAACAGACAUGAUUUUCAUACAAAGUUUCACCCCCAUUGUAGUCUUUUAGGGGUUGAUUUUUGAAAAAAUAAGUAGCCUAUGUUUUAAUGGGGGUAAUACUAAAUUUCAUCAAAAUCGGACCAGCGGUUUUCGGCAAAAUUUGGAAUAAAAAUUCAAACCUUCACACAGGUUAGUAAUGCGAAAUAGUAAAACCAAACAUUAGGUUAAAAAUCCUUAGGUCAAAAACCUCAGAUCAAACAGGCUUUUAAUUCUAACAAUUUAUUUAUGUGUUUAAAUAAGAAAGUACUUUUAUUGAGUGGCGAUAAAAGUAAAACUUAUAUAUGUAAAAGUUAUAACAUAUUUUUGUUAGAAGAUUGUAGGUAUUGCUUCAAAUCAUUCGUUUGAAAUACAUAAAGUCGACACUAUUUGUGAAUAUUUCACCAUACCUUCCUCAUGUAAUUAUGUAAGAAACACGUAAUAAAAAAAAACCUAGUUGAUAUUUUUUAUUCUCGUGACUUGACCAUACCAAUAUGAUAUUAAUACUGUCGUAGGUGAGCGGCGCAACGCUACACAACGGGUUGUAACUAGUAACGCUGUGCGCAAUUUUUCCAUACUAAUAUUAGAAGCAGUGGUGGUCCAAUGGUCGAAAGGUCACAGGUUCGAAUCCUACUCAUGUCACGUGAGUUUGUACAUAAAUCUGACUCAUGUAUAGUCGAUUUCAUCAAUCACCAUUUGUUUCUGUUGAAAGAAAACAUCGUGUGAAAAGUGAGGAAAUCUGCACACUUGUAGACUGUUAAGUCCUUUAAGUUAACCAACAUGGCGGCUUUUAUAAUGUCAGUCAUGUCAGAUUGACUGAAUAAAUAAUGUGAUUUCAGCACAAGCCCUAGGAAUCGAACCGAGGCCCUCCAGAUACCGGACGGGGACGUGGUGCCACGGAGAUCGCCAACGUGAAUAAAAUUUGAUAGGGACUCAGGUACUCAGGUACCAGUGGUAGGUUAGAUAGUACAUGACAUGACACUCGAUAAGAAUGAAUGAGCUAGGUACAUUUUACACGAUGUGCCACUAGUUAUCGAUGCACUAUGAAAUACAGUUUUUAUAGGAAAGAGACUGAAAAUGAAAUAAAAAAUAAAAAUAAAAAUUUUAAAAGCCAAUCCGAA